CUAGGAGGUAAAACAAAGACCAGAUAUUGUGUGCUACUUGCUGUGUGUUCCUUCUCCAGUUCCUAUAAAGCUCCUUUGUCCCGUCAGGCACCACCCCUCUAGCUCACCAAUUUCCACCAUACACACAUAUAAACCGGAGAAUCUGUUUUCCUGAGAAGUCAUAGACUCAUACCUUUGCCUACCUGACUGCACCAUUGACGCACCAAUUCAACUCGACAAUUCCAUCCGAAGAGCCUCGCGCAUUAGACCAUCUUAGACGGAACAGCACGAACGUCUCCCGAGUCUCAUAAAGACGUUUAAACCAUACACUUUUCCCACACCAAAUCCCACAUCACAAACUCCGAAAAUGCUUGCUUCACACGGACGCGGCGGUGCCGGCAACAUGGCCGACACCUCAAAGUCGCCCAAGAUCACCCCCAAGGACCUCGAGACCCCGACUCUGAAGACAUCUGUCGUCACCACGGGCCGCGGCGGAAGCGGAAACAUGGCCAAGAACGCCGAUCCCUACGAGACUCGUCUGCGCCAGGACGUCGAGGGUGUCCCACGACGCGAGAGUGCCGGCGCAUCCCACUUUGGCCGCGGUGGUUCAGCCAACGUCUUCAAGGGAUCACCCGAGGAGGAGGCCGCGGCCAAGAAGGCCAAGGCUGAGGGCGCGAGCGCCGUCGACGACGACGAGUCUGCUACCACCCUCCGCAAGAGCAAGAGCCCGUCACCGCGCCGCAGCUCCGAGGAGAACGCCAACGGUCUCGCCGCCAAGGGCAAGCAGUGGUUCAACAACCUGACCAAGAAGGCGUAAAGCCGUCAUCUGCUUCGUUUCUGUCUGCUUUUCUUUCUCUCUUGCGCCCCCAAUGGGCGGGAUUUACGUCUGCAUUGUGUCUCUUCUCGGUAUGAGGAGUCAUUAGCGAUGGCGUAUUGUUGAGUUGGUGACCACGCUUGGACGCCACACGGCGUUGAAGCCUUCUUCAUCGUUUCGGCGACUUGAUUGUCUAAGAGGACUGUUUCUUAUUGGGCCACCAUUGUACAGCGCUUUUGCGACGGAGUUUUUAUGGAUCGGGGAUUUUCUUUUCUGCUGGAGGCAAACAAUAAGCGUCGCUAAUGGUCAGCGACUUGGUUUGAAGAUGUUGAAACGACACAAAAAAAGUUCUUGAUACCACGGUCGACAUGAUUUUCAAGGAUAGUUACGAUACGGGAAGGAAAAGCAU